AUGCGGGGACAGUACACUUGGAAAUUUCUUUCUACUCCAGAAUUGGCCCCUCAACCAAUGCCGAAGCUGUCACGACGGCCAUGGCCGAUCCUAAGCUGCUCAUUGGCUGUUUGUUUCGUGGUCGGAUUGAUAUGUUUUGUCCAGUCAAUGACCAGUUCUAUCGUGCCAUUGAUUGUACCUGGCCGGCAUCACAUCAUUCAACAACCUGAGGCUCAACAAUCUGAGGCUAUCACUGCUCGUCCCCGGAUAGAGCUUCAUCCGGAGGAUCAUAGCUACCGAGAACCGACAACUCGAUACCUGGAUUGGCGCGUAACUUCGGACCUUCGCCGACCAGAUGGUGUAUUGAAGCGGGUCUAUCUAAUAAACGGCCUGUUCCCUGGACCGACGGUGGAGGCCCGCUCUGGUGACACCUUGAUCAUUAAUGUUACGAAUGCUUUGUCGGAUGAAUCAAUUGCUAUCCAUUGGCAUGGCCUUCAUGUGACUAAUGCUAUGGAUGGUGCGGUAGGGGUUUCACAAUGUCCCGUGACUUCUGGAGCAAAUUUUGUUUAUAAUUUGACAAUUCCAUCCGAUCAAAGCGGUACAUUCUGGUACCAUGCCCACUCCGGAGUCUCGCGAGCGGACGGCCUCUAUGGUGGGUUGGUCGUCCAUGCGCCAGCUUCCAAAACAACCGAUCGGGGUUUAAUAUCCCGGACGAGUGGUAAACCCCACCAUUACACUUACGAUAGAGAAAUCUUGCUUCUCAUCGGGGACUGGUACCAUCGCCCUGCGGAUGAUGUUCUUGAAUGGUAUUUAGAUCCGGGAAAUUUCGGAAACGAGCCUGUCCCUGAUUCUAUACUAAUUAAUGGAGCAGGGCAUUUUAACUGCACUAUGGCAGUGCCUGCUAGGCCGGUGGAUUGCGUUGAUGUGCAUACGCAUAAUUCAUUUAUCGAUUUUGAUCCUCACACGACAUAUCGAAUUCGGGUGGUCAAUACCGGGGCUCUGGCUGGGUUUACCCUUGAGUUUGAUACCCACCACCUGUAUCUGCUUCAGGCGGAUAGUGUUGAUGUGGCAAGCUCUGAUGAGACAAAUACAAAUUCCAUCGGUAUACUCUUCCCAGGGCAACGCAUGGACUUUGUUCUUCGACCAUUACCACAAAACUCUAAGGAGCAGUCACACAUGAGGAUUUGGCUGGAUCCAGAUUGCUUCAAGUACGAAAACCCGGCGUUGACGCCAAAUCAAACAUUCCCCAACCACGGUUCCAAUGCCGUCCAGGGACCUCCACUCAAUGUAAACCAUCUCAACAUUGAAAAAGUACCUUCUGCGCCCUCUAUUCUGCGUUCCAUUCCUCCCACGGCGCAACAAACGUAUGUGGUGUACACUAAGAUCCAAAAAAUGGCACGAUAUGCGAACAAGCCAUUCGGCUACAUCAAUCAAACUACCUGGCAACCUCAACAAGAUCCAUCCGCUCCGUUGGCCUCUAUACCAAGAGCCAAAUGGGACGCAAACCAAUUCUCGAUAACUACAGGGCCAGAGCCCGAAUGGAUAGACCUAGUAAUCAACAAUCUAGAUGAAGGAUCCCAUCCCUUCCACCUGCACGGGCACCGUUUCUGCGUACUCGCAGUCUACCAAUCCAAAUUUGGCUGGGGCUCCUACAAUCCCUUUGCUGACAAAAUCCCACCACACCUAGCAUCUGACUCAGAUACUUUGAAAAAUGACACAUCAGACGCCCAGAAUCCCAAAGCUGAUCAUAAUUCUGGUCUGUACGACACAUCCCGGGCUGCUUUGCGCGAUACAGUCCAGAUCCCAAGUCUCGGCUACGCUGUUAUCCGUUUCCGUGCAGAUAAUCCCGGCGUUUGGCUUCUUCAUUGCCAUGUCGUCUGGCAUCUGGCGACUGGCAUGGCCAUGCUGAUUGACGUACAAGGCGAUCCUACAGGAUUGGCUGCACACGCUGGCAGCGGAGAAUUAUGCCCUGCUUUUUGA